AUGAGGUUUCAAGAUAAUGCUUUCAUCCUUUUUUUCUUGGCUUCGUUUUGCCAGUAUGUUCAUGGUGCAAGAGCAGUUCAUCGUCCAAAGGAGAAAAUGACUACUUCCGAGGAAGUUAAACCUUGGGUCCGUACAAUUUACGGAUCCCUAAAUGAAAUUGUCACACCAACGGUUAUUGCUGGCGUUACUUUUUCUGCUAAGCCAGAUCCAACUCCGAAUCCAUUACAACCUUGGGUAUCUUUGAAGAAAGAUGGUACUCCACAGACCAUUAAACCAGAAAUCAAGAAGGGCCGUACCCAAAAACAAAAACCUGAUUACUCGACCUAUUUCAAGACCGCCACUAUGCAUACAUUUUCGUACGAAGAGUUGAAAGCUGUCAAUAUGGACCCUGAUGACGUCCACGAAGAAGAAGAGUUUGUGGAUGAAGAUGAUACUUAUGUUUCUUUGAAUCCUAUUAUCAGAUGCACUCCCGAUCGGUACUUCAGCAAAGGACCAGCGAAAGAUAUCCCCAGUGAACCAUUCUGUACACCUCGUGAAAAUUCCGACUGGAAAGUUGGCAAGACUUAUUUCGUCACUUGGUAUACAAGGUUUUUCGAAGACGAGAAUUCUGAUACAGUCGCUGAUAAAGUCCGUGUCCAUUUGUCUUAUGUCAAAGAAAAAUCCGUAGAGAUGGGAAAUCACAAGAGGGAUAUUUCUGGAACAUUUUUCACAUCUGAAUGGAUUGACAAUGUCGAUGGCCUACUGCCAAUUGAAAUCAAAGAAGAUUGGUUGCAGAAUACAUACGAGCGUAGAAUAAUUGUCUCUGUUCAACCAUACAACAUACCAGAUGAAGACUUUGAUCCACGACUAAACGGUGUGUUGUUGUAUAUCCGCAUGGGUUCCAAGGUAUAUAAACCUACGAAGGAGCAGUUGGCUUUGCAAGAUGCAGGUAUAUCAGACGACAAAUGGUACUAUAUUGCAUUAUCUAUACCUACUGUUGUAGUGAUAUUUUUUGUCCUCAUGUACUUUUUCUUAUACGCUAACGGAAAGAAUAGAGAUUUCACUGAUGUCACAAGAAAGGCCCUGAAUAAGAAACGCCGUGUAUUAGGUAAAUUCUCAGAAAUGAAAAAAUUUAAAACUAUGAGAAAUCACAAGUACACCGAACUGCCAUCCUAUAAAAAAACCGGUAAACAAAACUAG